AUGGGUAGCGAAUGCGGUUGUUGUUGCUGCAGUUGUUGUGGUGUGUGGUGCGGCACCAACAGUUUCGAGACGGCUGCUGAGGGUCGACGCAUUCUAUGCCUUUUCAUAUUUGGUCCCUCUACUUUGUUUAGUUUUUGCGGAUGUUGCUUGUUUUUGUUCGAGAAACCGAGGCGAGGAUGCACCGCAAUAUUUUAA